AUGACUGAGUACAAUGUACAUGCUCUCAUUGGCAAGUAUAGCAUAGCUUAUUUGGAAUAUUCUGGAGGGCAGCAUUAUCAAACAGACUACUACUUUCGGAAGAGCAACUGGUAUGCCCAACCUUAUAGUACCCGGGUAAGGGCUGAAUAUUGGGUAUCACAACCUAAAAAGUUUUGCGAAUUUUGUAAAUGCUGGAUAACCGACAAUAAAGCGAGUAUCGAAUUUCACGAACGUGGCGUUAAGCAUAAAAAAUGCGUUGAAGAAAGAAUUCGCGAGGCUCGUCAUCGCAGCACUGAAAAGAAAAAUGCAGAGAAAGAUCUCCAGGCUGAAUUACAAGCAAUCGAAAAAGCAGCCGCUGCUGCAUUCCGGGAAGACAUUAAAAGUAAUCCUGCUUUAGCUCGAGAAUUGCCUAGCAAAGGCGCCUACAAGAAGUCGCAAUUAAAGCCCCAAGGUGAGAAUUACAAGGUGCAACCGGUACAAACAGUACCACAUUCACAAUGCAGUUGGACUGCUCAACUAUCUCCAGAAGGCUACACGUAUUACUAUAAUUGGACUACUGGAGAAUCAAAAUGGGAAAAGCCCGCCGGAUUUAUUCAAAAUCAAAGUAAUUCAAGUAAAGUUGAAAAUGCCAGUAAAACAGCAGAUAGCAAUUCGCCUGCUCAAAGUAAGAUCGACAAGGAUAACGAAAAUGGAAUGACAGAAACUGGAAUCAAACGCAAGAUCGAUAAAGUUGAUAGUGGAAACAAGGCUGUUGGAACUGCAAAUGCAUCUCCCUAUGGAGCUUGGGUAACUGUAGCCGUACAUGACGUGGUUGAAAAGAAAGUGGAAUCAAAGCCAGAGCCCAAAAAGGAGCUGGUUCCAGCCGAAGAAGAAAUCGCAUUUAGGCAAAAAACGAUCGACUCAUUUUCUUCAUCUCUACAAACAAAUGAUAGCGGUGUAGCUAAAUUUAAGAAACGUAGUAUAAAGUUUGGAUUAAAGAAAAAUAUCCGUCAAAGAGACGAUGAAUAG